AUCUGCAAAGUUGAUACCCUUUAGCGAUGAUUGAAGAAAACGCUUACUUUGGUAUGCAGUUAAAAAGAAUAGAAUUUUUUCUAAAAAUCAAGACAUUAAUAAAAUUUCUAUCAUAAGUACUAACGGAGAUAUUAACAUUAACAUGAGUAAAGGCAAAUCAAUGUAAGCAUUUUCUUUAAUCAUCGCUAACGGGUAUCAACUUUGCAGAUAGAGAGUUACUGUAGAACAAUUUUUUCCUAAGAAUAUACCCCAGAAUUAUCCCUCAAAAUGUUUUUAUUUCGUUCUGGGAAACCCUAUAUAAACUGCCAAAAUUGCUCCCUCACUCAAACAUUCAUUAUUUCUGAUAAGUUCGCGCUUCGAUAAGACAAAGUAUUCGGUCGAUUAGAGUUAGACCAAACGACAGCCCGUGUCUGUCUGGUAACAAGACUAAUUUUUUGACAGACAAAUAACAAAUGGUAACGGAGUUAUGAAUACCAGAGUAAUGCUCGUCAAAGUAACCCAAAACCGAAGUUACGAAAAACCGAAGUUAUGAAAGACCGAAGUUAAGGAGAACAUAUUCUCUUUUUUGGUUGGUUUCUAGAAAAUUUUUUUUAUUUUGUCGUUUUUAAAGAAAGUCCUUUUGAUCAGCCGAUUCUGUGUCCUACUAUGGACAUACCUGAUUAGAAAAAAUAAAGGAAUGACCAAACUGGAAAGGUAUGCGAUAGCAAAACGGCUAAUGUUAUGAAAAAAGUUUGACUUAUGUAUGAACGUUUGGAAUUUUUUUAAUACAAUUACUCGUAUCGCUAUUAAAAUUACUCGUGUCGCUACCGCAUACCUUUCCGGUGUGGUCAAAGAUUUUUGUGUUGCUUAUCACCGGUGUUGUGAUUUUUAUUUCUGGUUUUAUCUGCGAUACUGUUUAAAGAUUUCAAUUAAAAGAUUUCUCAGAAUUUUUCAACAGCAAACGUAUGUACAUAAUUAAAUAGAUGAAGAUAAAAUCCAAAGUUUAACUUCAACGAAAACUUAUUUCUCAUAAUUUAUUAUAAACGAAUUUAUCAAGCAAAAUCGAAAAAUAAGGACUACCACAUCCAUUGAUUUAAAUCGUCUUGUCUAAUCACACACAUUUAAUUUGUCAUCAGAAAGGCUAUCGUUGUUUGUUUUUAGUAUAAAAACCUGGAAUUUAGGCUCAGAAGUCAUCAGUUUCACGGUAGUAGAGUUGAAUAAAACAAUGAAAGGUUUAAUUUUUGUAUUGCUUUUGGGGGCUGUCUUAACAUCGGCCCUUAACGUGGGACGUAGCCCAAGUCCUCGGAUUACUAAUGGUUUGACAGCCAAAGCUGGACAAUUCAACUACCAAGUUGGUUUGUACAUUUGGAUGAGCGGUAACAAAAUCCAAUUUUGUGGAGGUUCAUUGAUUUCUCCCGAAUGGAUCGUAACUGCUGCUCACUGUACUUACGAAGCUAGGUCUGUUACUGCCUAUCUAGGAAGCAACACAUAUUUAGAUGGUAAGAAAUUUGAGGUUCUGGAAACAAUCAACCACAGCGAUUGGAAUGCAACCGGAUUAAUUGAAAACGACAUAUCUCUCGUGCGCAUUGCUCCCAUCACUCUUGGACCACUAAUUGGAGUCGUCAAUUUGCCUGCUCUAUCCAGCUCUGAUGAUUAUGAAAGCUAUUUGAACGAAAAAGUCAUUGCUUCCGGCUGGGAAAUGGAAUUGAUUUUAUUCCUUGAAGAUGAAGAUAUAGGGAUUUCCUCAGACCUUCAGUACGCUCCGUUAAGAGUAAUAUCAAACUCUGAGUGUAUGUUGGUUCACAAAAAAACUACCAAACCAACGACAAUUUGCGCUCAAGGACAAAAGGCAACAUCAACAUGCCAAGGAGAUUCUGGUGGUCCACUUGUCACUGAAUCAUCAAAAACGCUUAUUGGUGUUACAUCAUUUGUAUCAGAUGAUGGUUGCACUUCAGGUAAUCCAGAUGGUUUUACUCGUGUCACCAAGUACAGAUUAUGGAUCUUAGAGCAUACUGGAGUCUAAAUUUGAUGAAAAACAUGGAAUUUUGUUUCAAUUCAAUUUGA